AUGACCGCUGCCACCGCCGCUUCCAACGGCAGCGCCGCCUCUGUCGACAAGGUCGCCGACAAGCUCGCACAAACCAACCUCCCCGCCUCGAACGGUACCAACGGCACCAACGGCCACGCAAACGGUGACAACAACGACGACGAAGGCGACGAUGAUGAUGACGACGAGGAGGAGGAGGACGGAGAGGCUGGUGCAGCCGGCGCCAACGGCGCAGCAAAGAAGAAGAAGAAGAACAAAAAGAAGAAGAAGAAGUCCAAGGCCAAGCUCACUCAGACCGUGCCUCCUCGUGUUGGUCUGACAAAGAUCUUCACCAAUGGCAAGUACCCCGUCGGCGAGAUUCAGCAGUACGACACCUCCAAGUUCAGCGAGGAGAGGAAAAGAGUCACCGACGAGGAACUUCGCGAGCGAGAGAGGCUUGUUCAGCAGGAGGAAGGCUUCGACUACAACAUCAUUCGUCGAGCUGGUGAGGUGCACAGGCAAGUGCGUCAAUACGCCCAGAGUGCCAUCAAACCCGGCAUGUCCAUGAUCGAGAUCGCCGAGCUUGUCGAGGAUAAUACCCGUGCGCUCGUCGAGGCGGAAGGCUUCGAGUCCGGUAUCGGCUUCCCCACGGGUGUUUCGCUCAACGACUGCGCUGCCCACUACACACCCAACGCGGGUGACAAGCGAGUGCUCCAGGCGACAGACGUCCUCAAGGUCGAUUUCGGUGUUCACGUCAAGGGCCGCAUCGUCGACUCUGCUUUCACGCUCACCUUCCAACCCACUUGGGACCCUUUGCUGGCUGCGGUCAAGGCGGCCACCAACGCAGGUGUCAAGGCGGCCGGUAUCGACGCUCGUCUCGGCGAGAUUGGUGGCUCGAUCCAAGAAGUCAUGGAGUCGCACGAAUUCGAGGCCGAGGGCAAGACCCACCAGGUCAAGUGCGUUCAGAACCUCAACGGCCACAGCAUCGAGCGCUACUCGAUCCACGGCGGCAAGUCGGUCCCCAUCGUCAACAUGCCCGACCUCGACGUCAAGAUGGAGGAAGGCGAGUACUACGCCAUCGAGACGUUCGGCUCGACCGGUCGAGGAUACGUCAUUGACCAGGGCGAGUGCUCGCAUUACGCACGCAAGAAGAACCUACCCAAGUCGAUUCCGAUUCGCGUCCACUCGGCACACAGCCUGCUUCACACCAUCAACAAGCACUUUGACUCGCUCCCCUUCUGCAGGCGAUACCUCGACCGCGUCGGCGAGAAGAACUACUUGCUCGGGCUCAAGCACCUCGUCUCGCUCGGCAUCGUUCAGGACUACCCACCGCUGUGCGAUGUUGCAGGGGCUAUGACCGCACAGUACGAACACACGAUCUUGUUGCGACCGACGUGCAAGGAGGUCGUUUCGCGAGGAACCGACUACUGA